AUUUCACGAGACGAAUUAAUUUGACACUUUUUUCGCUAUCUGCAAACAGCCGUUUUAUUGCUAACUGGCGGUCUAUAACGUUUACUGUAAUGGAGAUAUGUAUGCAAAUAUAAAUCACGGUGCGUACAUCGACUUAUAAGUGACAAAAAAUCAAGAUCAAGGUAACACGAAUGAGUUACCUGGGAAGACGAAUGAAAUUCUUAGUACACGAAUGAAGUCUGCAUGACACUAAUGAUUUUGGGUACCGAACCACAUAAUAAUUAUUGAUUAUGUAAGUAAAUUUUUAGGUGUGAAGUGAGAAACAAAACAAGAAUAUGUACUUUUAUUAAGCAUUUAAUCAAAGUUUGACAAUACAUAUAAAAUACAAAACAAAUAUCAAGAAAAACACGAUUAAUGUAACAAUUUUUUUUUGUGAUCAACGAAUUAUUAGUAACAAACUUUUUUUUCAUAUAAAAUAAUAAAUUUCUCGUAUAUUGUUUCUAUCUAACUACUUUUCCUUAAUAAAUCAGUCAUUUUUGAUAGGCUAUCUCCUAAUGUUAAAUCUGUACCACCGCUUAACUGAGAGCAUUCCUGAGGCAGCUGCGCGGUGCGGGAGGGCCGACUGUUGUCACAAGUUGACGUAUCAGUGAGCUCUCACGUUACGUCCCGCACUGCGCAGCUACCUCAGGGACGGUCUCAGACAAGCGGUCGGGCUAUAGUUUUUGGUUUCUUAUUCAAUCUUAUUUUUAUGAAUUCUUAGAUUAUUUUGCUAUAUAACUUAAUUUAAUAAUCAGUCUUGAUCAUGGUUAAAGUUUUAAUCACUUUUUCUUCUCUUUUUUCAUUUCUAUUCUUUUUCUGUAAUAUUCUCAAAAGACCCUUCAUUAAUAAAGCGGAGGAAAGCCUCUUCAUGCCCACCGGGUACCUUCUGUUGGGUUUUUAUAAAUUUCUGAUUUGUCCAGUCAAAUUUAACAUCUGCAAGUCUUUUUAAAUUUUCUUUCUUUAUCGAUUUUCCUCUUUAAGUAAGCUUCCUUUUUUUUGGCCCUUUCAAUGGCAUAUUUUUCGGGAUCGUUUUUUAUUCGUUUAUAGUUUUCCCUUCUUCCAAUCCGUCUCCUUUCUAAUUCCUCUUCAUUUUUCUUAGAUUUUUCUUUCGAAAAGGAGUGUUCAGAAAGUACAGUAAGUCCCCUCUUUGAAGCGUGGCUGGCGAGACCUCAGGGCGUUCUCACAUUUCGCAUGACGCAGGUCCUCACCGGACACGGAAAGUUCGGGUGGUUCCUGCAUCGGAUUCGUGCGGAAGAGACGCCCGGGUGUCAUCACUGUAUGGCCCGCCCGGAGGACACGGUGGAGCACACAGUAGAGGUGUGCCCCGCUUGGGACGAGCAUCGCCGUGUCCUCGUGGGGGUGAUCGGCGGCGGCGAUCUCUCGCGCCGGGCCUUGGUCGAGGCCAUGGUCCGGAGCGAGGAGGGAUGGAACGCGCUCGCCUCCUUCUGCGACGCAGUAAUGCUAGCCAAGGAGGAGGCCGACCGCAUAAGAAUACGUCUGGAGCGACAACGCCCCAGACGCCGCUGUGAUUCCGAUUCCGAUCCAGAUUUCCAGCCACCGUAGGCGCGGGCUUGCGGACGGCGAGCAAUGGGUAGCUCACCGUCCGGUUGUCUGGUAACAAUCCGGACCAAGCUCAGUCGUCGACGGCGCGCACCGUUCCCGCGCGCCUCAAGGAGUUGUCAGCAACUGUAGUGACCCUGAAGAAGGGUCGAAGCCUGCUGGGGCCCAGUACGAAUGGCAUGGAAGGAACGGGGUAGUCUUUAGUCAGUAAAAUUCUGACACUGUUUCCCG